GUUCGACCGUUCAAAGUCAAAGCGCCGAGCUCCCGAUCCUCCGAUCCCUCCGAGCUCCCGAUCUUCCGAUGGGGUCAGCUCAUCCGGUCUCGGUUUCUGCGGGCCAAACAUCAUGUCGCAGGACGCGUUUGAGUCCAAACGUCGAUUAUUGCUCCGUCGUUGACUUGUUCCUUGAAGUCCAAACGGUUUCGUUGUCACGAUUCUUCAGCGAAUGCCAAUUCUCGCUGUCGUUGUAAACGAGCCAAAGUUUCCCCAAACUCUUGACGGCACACGCGUGACGCAUCUUACUUCCCCUUUCUUCAGAAAGGCGACUUUGUCUUCCGUCAAAGAGAGCGAAGGAAGGUCAACGCAGCGGGAGUUCGGCGUGCGUGUGCGCACUUGCAGGUCGGCGAUGAAGUCGUGUCGAGCUCAAGCACUCGUUCGUUGCGGUCUGCUGAUCGUGGCGGCCUUCCAAAGCGAGGCCGCCGACGUCGACGCCUGUCAGGGUGAAAACCUGAUCGCUAACGUAAGAAGCGUAUCCGAACCUGCGAGUCCCGAGCGCGUGCGAGUGCACUUAGCUUCAAUUCGCACGCAUCUGUUUCCCCAGCUCCGAGCGUUGAGUUCCUCAGAAGCGGAUUUCGGUGACACGGUGUAUAUCGAAGAGAACGAAACCUUUAACUGCUCGCUUUACCCGAACGAUGUGCUCAACUGCUCGUGGGCCUUCCCCGCUUUGCCGGCGGACGCUCAGCUUUAUGUUUCCAUCAGCAUUUGCGAGAACAACGGCACCGUUCGCCCGCUUCGCCCGACAUCUCGAGAACAUUCCGGAUCGGCGUCCGUCGCUCUGAGGGAGGACGAGCUGUUGUACGUCACGGUCCGAUUCAACGUGUCCCUGCGCCAGAGGUGGGUCGUCUACGGCUACGCGUACGACGCUGAAAUGAUGGAGGUUUCGCCUCCGCCCGGAAACGUCCGCGCUUCGGUCCGAGACGUCGACCUGGCGGUGACCUGGGACGCGCCGCGCGCGGCCGCCGGCCGCCACCCCGCCUGCUUCCAGUACCAGCUGGACGUGGGACGCCAGAAGAAAUGGACAAUCCGGAGCGGCGAGCUGUCUUACACGAUCCCCAAUGUCGAUCGUGCGUCCGACUUGAGCGUGAGGCUCAGAGCCCGGAAAUCGGCCGCUUGCUUAGGAUCGCCGUCGUGGAGCCGGUGGAGCAACACUGUCACAAUAGAAAGGUCAUCGGAUCCGCUCGACAUCACGCGGACGGUCUGGUUUGCACUCGGAAUCCCCGUGAUCCUCGUCGCUCUGUUCUGUCUCCUGCGGGUCCACCGUCUCAGGGUGAAGGAGGUUCUGUAUCCCACGAUUCCUCGCCCCCCAUUAAAGUACAAAUAUUUCCUGGACGAAAACAACACAUUCGACUUUUAUCUUCCUGCGACAUCGGUGAAGUGUGAAGAGGAGAUCACAGUGGUGGAGGACACAGAGAAACAGUUAUGAAGUCAUUUUCAUCGCAACAAUGAAAUGAUUAGAAUGAGUUUGUCCAGAAUUUCUCAGGGAUCAUAAAAUGCGCCGAACGUGCGUUUCUAUCA